AUGGCCUCUCAGGAAGCACUACCACUGUGUGACCUCCACAACGCCUCAAAGAUCGGGGACUUAUCAAGGGUGAACGUCAUCUUGUCCCAGGGACGGGCCAACAUAGACUGUCAAGAGUGGAUUGGUAGAACACCCGUGAUAUGGGCGGCUCUUAAGGGAUAUAGAGAAGUGGUUGAGUUACUUGUGACUAAAGGAGCCAACGUGAAACUUACUGAUAGAUUCGGUAUCAACAUCCUUCACUCAGCCUGUCUAGGAGGAGAUGUAGAUGUGGUGAAGUAUUUCCACUCACAUGACAUGGCGGACAUCGAUAGUAGAGCACAGUGCAAAAGAACACCUAUGAUGCUGGCAGCAGAGAACGGACAUAAAGAAGUCGUAGAGUUACUUGUGGGUGAAGGAGCUGACAUGUCACUUGUGGAUAAACAACAUGAUAACAUCUUUAACUGUGCCAUUAGGGGAGGACAUGUGAAGGUAAUGAAGCACAUUGUCUCACAGAACAAGGUGGGCAUCAACAGUAGAGGAUGGAAGAAGAAGACACCAGUGAUGGUGGCAGCAGAAAUGGGGGGAAAGGAUGUGGUGGAGUUUCUCAUGGAACUUGGAGCUGAUUUGUCACUCGUAUGA